AUGUCGGAGGAGAUGGACCACUCGAAGUUCUCGCGGUUCUUUCUGGGAUGUUUGCAGGCUAAUACGAUGGUGCAGGCUGCCGUCGCAGCGAUUCAAAUCCGGCGGAUGAAACUGCUCUACCUGGCCGUGAGCUUCGCCAUCCUCGUACUCGGGUGGAUCAGCGCCGCCACCGGCGCUUGGGUCUCCUACAACGUCAUCCUCAACACCUCCCCAAGUCUGUGGAACGACACGGAGGUCUCGCAGAGGUUUUACUCGACUGCGGUGAAUGCGACGCAUUUGGUUGCGAGCCCUAUGCAGCGGUGGAUUGGAGAUGCGCUGCUGGUGUAUCGAUGUUUUAUCUUCUGGAGGGAUCAUCUCUGGAUUGCUGGAGUUCCUGUAAUGAUUUAUGUUGUUAACCUAGCUAUCAGCAUCCGCACCCUCAUCCCCCUCUCAGCCAACUUCACAGGGGAGAACUUCCGCUGGCAAGCAGCCGACAUCUUCAUCUUCGUAACACUGCACAUCGUGAUCACAUCGCUCAUCUCGUACCGCCUCGUCAAGGCGCGCCAGUGGAUGUCCCGCUCGGUGAAAGCUGCGGACGACAAAGUCUAUACGAACGUCAUCGCCAUGCUCGUCGAGUCCGCCGCGAUUUUGACGGUUGUUGGCGCUGGAUACGCCGUUUCUAGUGCGAUUUGGGGGAAUUGGACUGCGUACCGGGUGAAGUGGUUUUUUUAUAUGGGGUAUAGCAGUAUGAUUGCACUUGCACCACAAAUGAUCAUCUUCCGCGUGGCGAUUGGGACGUCGUGGGUUAAGCGCCCGGAGAAUUGGGGCCAGGUUCCGACUACUAGGAUAGACCUGAGUUCGGGUCCCAAAUCUUUCCAUCUGGAUACCAAAGUGUAA